GGUUUUGCACUCACCUCCUGCUCAAACAAUGCACUGAUAUUCGGUGUUGAAAUCUCUGCCCAUGAUCAUCUUGCUAGAGCCUCUUAUUGUUUACUCAUUCAAGCUGGAGAGUGCUGCAUUGGUUUCAUUUUACAGAUGCAGAAUGGAAGCCCAGAUAAGGUGUUAUUUUAUUUUAUUUUUAUUUAAAAUAUUUAUACCCCGCCCUAUAUGCAAAAGCAUCUCAAGCACUAGGAAGGAUGCACUAGAAAGUCUGUGCCAGAGGCCAGGGGCGCUUCUCAUGCUGGCUUUCUAAAAAUGCUGCUUAAAGUGCCUUGUUAUUAGUCCCUACCUUCUCUGUAGGGACAGGAUGCAGACGGCAUCCUUGGUGGGCAUACUAACUGCCCUGACUUUGGCACCGGCUCUGACUGCUCUGCCUAAGGAAGAGAGGGGGAAGAAGAAUAAGGAGAAAGCCAGAGUGGACAUUGAGACUUACAGCCUGGAUCUGGACAACUAUGACCCCAGCCUGGAGAACUAUGGAGAAGUCAUCGAUCUUAGUAACUAUGAGGAAAUCUAUGAUUAUGGGGACCUGUCAUCCAAGAUUGAGGUAGGCACCUUGGCUCCUCCUCCCAUCAAGAAUUCUGCCAAACCUCUGAGCACGGCUUCUGCACCUACAGAAAGUCCACAAAGCAGCCCUCCAGCCUCCACAGCAGUUACGUCUAAGGAACCAGAACUGUUUGGGUCCAUAACAGAUCAUGAUCUUCCCACCUGCUUGAUUUGUGUGUGCAUCAGCAAUUCCGUGUACUGUGAUGACACUGAUCUAGAACAUAUCCCUCCUCUGCCCUUGGAGACCACGUACUUCUACGCUCGCUUCAACCGCAUCAGCAGGAUUCAAGCCAAUGAUUUCCUUGGACUUGCAAAACUGAAACGAAUUGAUCUGACAAGCAACUUUCUUUCCUGGGUGGAUGAAGACUCUUUCCAGCUGCUGCCCGCCUUGGAGGAGCUUGUCCUCACUGAAAACAUGUUGACUUCACUGCCAGAGCUUCCCAGUGCCAUUGUGCAGCUGGAUGCCCAGUUUAAUAUGCUCCAGAGUGCAGGCAUUCGACCUGAUGCUUUCAGGGAUCUCAAAAAUCUGCAGUUCCUUCAUCUGUCUGAUAACAAACUGGACAAUAUUCCAGUGCCCCUUCCAGAGGGACUGCGAUCUUUGCAUUUACAGAACAACAACAUCCAGACCAUGCAAGGAGACACGUUCUGCGACAGUGAAGAUCCCAGUCACAUCCGCAGAGCUCUGGAGGACAUCCGCCUGGACGGCAACCCCAUCAACCUGAGCCUCUUUCCCAGUGCUUAUUUCUGCCUGCCUCGCCUGCCCACAGGCCACUUCUACUGAACGGAGCUCCCCUCCACUACUUGCAGUCCAAACCAGGAACGGGUCUCAAAGAGAAGCUGCCUGGCAUGCAUCUCGCUGCCAGGAGGACGCUGAUGCUGUUCUGCUGGCAUCACUCUCCUUCCUCCCUUUCUCAGCUUGACUUCUUUUCUGUGGGAGGAGGUUUCCUAAGAGGUCAUCAGUUCUUGAUGUGCCCAUGUUAGAGAGAAAAAUGUAAGGAUAGUGCUUUAAAAAAAACCACACUUGGACAUUCACACUAUGUAUCUUAUUCUUUUUAAAGAAAAUAAAUCUAUAUGUGUAAGUGGCUACAAGAGUUUCAUCAGUCAG